AUGAAGAUCACUUCAUUUAACGUUAGGUUUUUAAGACACCGAUUUACUGCAUCGCAAGAGCAACUACGUCGACUUGAAGAGUACGAGGAUCAGCGCGAAUCGAUUCGACGAGCUGUCGCCAAACAGUGGGAUCGCUUCUACAAUGAUUACUUCGACAAAAUGAAGACUUAUGCUCUCCAAAUUGAGCUCAGAAGGUACAAUGCACUACUUCGAAGACAAACACUGGAGCGGGCAAGCAUUGCAGACACAAUGAGGCAGUUUGGCUUAUCGUCCGCCGGCCUGCUUUCGACAAUAAGCAGUGGUGAGGAAGAAGAAAAGCCGAAGAGCCCGUUUGGAGAGGUUCGCCCGGAAAAAAAUGCGCCGGUAAGAGAAGCAAAUCGCUCAUCUAAAGCUUUGGAUUCUGUGGUGAAUUCGUAA